CGCUCGCCCCCCGCCCCAUUCCCUCGACGAGCCGCUUCCGGAGUCGUUCGCCAUGCAGCUCCCCAAGUUCUACACGAAGCCUAUGACGCAGGUUGUUCUCGUCGGCAUCACAUGCUUUGCCACCCCAGGAAUGUUCAGUGCGGUCUCUAACCUCGGUGCCGGAGGAACGCAAGAUGUCUCUCUCUCUGACACCGCCAACGGUGUUUUGUACGGCAUGUUUGCCCUCACUGGUCUCAUAUCCGGCGGUAUCAACAAUGUGCUUGGUCCUAGGUGGACCCUGUUUUUCGGUACACUCGGUUACGCGCUAUACGUCGGCGCGCUCUGGUGCUUCCAGACGCAGGGCACUCGUUGGUUCCUCAUUUUCGCGGGUGCCGUCCUCGGUUUCACGGCUGCGCUUCUGUGGUCCGCACAAGGGUCCAUCAUGAUGAGCUAUCCGCUAGAGAAGGACAAGGGCAAGGCCUUCGGCGUGUUCUGGGCCAUCUUCCAGCUCGGCGCGUUCAUUGGCUCUAUCAUUGCCCUUGCGAUCAACAUUCGAAGCGGCGGACUCAGUGCCGUCUCCACCUCCACUUACAUCGCCUUCCUGGUCAUCAUCUUCCUCGGUGUCGCCUCGGCGUUCCUCGUGCUCUCUCCGCAUCACGUCGUCCGCGGCGACGGCACGGUCGUGAAGCUCAACGACAAGUCCAAGGUGCACGAGGAGGUGAUCGGCAUGUUCCAGCUGCUCAAGGACUGGCGCAUGCUCUGCCUGCUGCCCAUGUUCUUCGCCUCGAACUACUUCUACGCCUACCAGGGCAGCGUCAACGCGACCGUGUUCGACGGCGCGACCCGCGCGCUCAACGCGUCGCUCGAGGGUGCCGGCGCCAUCGUUGGCGCCCUCAUCAUCGGCUUCCUCGUCCUCGACGGCAAGUGGAUGUCGCGUCGCAACCGCGGCUACCUCGGCCUCGCGGUCGUCGUGGUGCAGACGAUCAUCGUCUGGUCGGUCGGCCUCUCGUGGCAGGUCACCUUCAACCGCAACUACGUCAAAGACCACGGCGGCAAAUUCAUCAACUACCACGACAGCAACUACAAGGGCAAGGGCGCGCUCUACUUCUUCUACUAUUUCUCCGACGCCAGCUACCAGGCCCUCGUGUACUGGAUCAUGUCCGCGCUCUCAAACGACCCGUUCACGCUCGCGCGCUUCGCGGGGCUCUACAAGGCCGUGCAGAGCGCGGGCUCCGCGGGCUCGUUCGGCAUGGACGCGGUGCUGACGCCGCUGCUGAACGAACACCUCGCGAGCUGGACGAUGAUGCUCUUCUCGUUCAUCCCCGCCUUCUUCGUCCUGCGCACGAUCAAGGAGACGAACUACGAGGACGAGCAGGUCGUCUACAUCGACGAAGUCCAGAAGGAGCACCUCGAGGCGGGCACGGCGAGCGAGGAGAGGGCCGACGAGAAGGCGAGCGUCGACGCCGUGUAGUCGGUCCUCCUUCUAUUGGCGCUGGCUUUUGUCUUCCCUGUCGUCGUUUUGGCCCGAUUUUCUCGGUUUCAUGCGUUUGUAUUCACGGAUUUUCAUGAGUUUGUGGGUUGUUCUAUCGCUGUUGACGGACAAUCUCAUGAGUGGGAACUGUGUCUUGUUGCUAUCAUGUCGUCUCAUGUCGUACUGUAAAGUUUAAUAUUUCCAGUCCUGACUUUUGUUC